AUGAAACAAUUAAUGUUUGAUUCAAACAUGGAUAGCUCAAAACAAGAGGUUGCCUCACUUAGGGAUCAGGUUUCAAAAUUAUUAUUGAAAUUAAACAAUAACAGUUUUAAUAAUGGAUAUAAUAGUUAUAAUUCAAAUUUAAAUAUGAAUCAUAAUAGCAAUAACGAUAUAAAUGAUGUCAAAGUUAAUUAUGGUCAAGAAAAUAAAACACAAAAAGAUUCAUAUGAAGCAUUUGACCAAAUAAUAAAUAAAACUAGAAACAAAAGAAAAGUCAUCGAAGAUGAAGAAGAGGAGGAGGAAGAUAGAGAGGAAAGAGUUGUUAAAAAGAAACCAACCAGAUCAAAUUUGAAAAAGAAAGAAGAUACCAAAGAGGAACAAGAGCAACACACAGAUGAAGAGCAAGAGGAAGAGGAAAAAGAGGAAGAGAAACAAAAGAAAACAAAAGGUAGACCAAGAAAAAAUUCCCAAUCAGAACCAGCACCCACAAAUCCCAAAAAGAGAUCGACAUCAAAAAGAGUUUCAGAGGACGAAGAAAAUCAACAUGAACAGCAACAAGAAGAAAAGCCCAAAAAAAGGGGUAGAGUUUCAAAAAAGGAAAAAGAAGAGCAUGAAAAAUUAGAACAAGAAAAAUUUGAAAAAGAAAAACAGAGGUUAAAAAAAGAAAAAGAGGACAGAGAAGAACAAGAAAAAUUAGAAAGAGAAAGGGAAAGAGAAAGAGAAACAGAAAGAGAGAGAGAAAGAGAGAGAGAAAGAGAAAGGGAAAGAAAAGAAAAGGAAAAAGAAAAAGAAAAAGAAAAAAAGCAAAAACAAAAAGAAAAGGAAAGAAUAGAACAAGAAAGAGCUGAAGCAGAAAGAUUGGAAAAAGAAAAAAGACAAAAAGAAAAAAGACAAAAAGAAAAAGAAAAGAAAGAAAAAGAAAAUAGAUUAAAUCAAGAGAAUAAUAAAGAAAAUAUAAAUAGUAAUAGUAAUAAUAGUAUUGGUACAGCUACAUCCAGAGGAUUUAAAGAUAUUCACGACAUUUUAAAACAAAAAAAAUUAGUUAUACCCAAAUUAUCAAAUAUGAAAAAAUAA